GCCCAACUCUCGCGAGAGUUCGCCACAAGGCGGUUGGCCCUCGAGUGUCGUUCUCUCUCUCUUUCUCUGUGUGUGUGUGUCACGUUCUCCUCAGCGCCGGGCCGUUUCAGUUCUUCUUUGGCUUCGCCCUUCGCCUCUCGCCCCGCGGGCCGCUUCCCUUCCCCCGGAAGAACCAUGUCUCGCUACUUGCGGCCGCCCAACACCUCGUUAUUCGUGCGGAACGUGGCCGACGACACCAGGUCUGAAGACUUACGUCGGGAAUUUGGUCGAUAUGGUCCAAUAGUUGAUGUAUAUGUACCCCUGGAUUUCUACACCCGUCGUCCAAGAGGAUUUGCUUAUGUUCAAUUUGAAGAUGUCCGGGAUGCUGAAGAUGCUCUUCAUAAUUUGGACCGGAAAUGGAUUUGUGGUCGCCAAAUAGAAAUCCAAUUUGCUCAAGGAGAUCGGAAAACACCAAACCAAAUGAAAGCCAAGGAAGGAAGAAAUGUGUACAGCUCAUCUCGUUAUGAUGAUUAUGACAGAUACCGACGUUCAAGAAGUCGCAGUUAUGAAAGGCGGUCAAGAAGCCGUUCUUUUGAUUACAACUAUCGCAGAUCUUAUAGUCCUAGAAACAGUAGACCUGCUGGAAGACAUCGCCGUAGCAGAAGUCGUUCAGAUAAUGAUAGGUUCAGACACCGUAACACAUCUUUUUCAAGGUCAAAGUCCAAUUCAAGAUCACGAUCUAAGUCACCAGCCAAAAAAGAAAUGAAGGCUAAAUCACGGUCUAGGUCUACAUCUCGCACUAAAUCUAGAGACAACUCUAAAAUGGAUUCUAAGGCACAUUAUAAGUCCAGCUCAAGAUAUGAAAAAGAAUCAAGGAAAAAUGAAUCAGCUAGAUCCAAAUCUCAGUCAAGAUCGCAGUCUAGAUCUAGAUCAAAAUCCAGAUCCAGAUCAUGGGCUAGUCCCAAAUCCAGUGGCCACUAAACAGUGUACUUUGUUUUUAGGCAUGUAUCAUCUAGAUGAACAAUUGAGUUAUGAUGUUGCAACAUUGCUUUAAAAUAAUUUUGUUAGUUAUCCCUGGAGCAGGCAAUUAUUACUAUUAAAAAAUACAAUACAGAUAAUCUUACACAAUAGAGUCCACUUUGUUAAAUGUCUUGGGCAGCUACUAAGAUUCUUGUGUUUCUAUGUAUAUUUUUGUAAAAAAAAAAAAAGUAUGGUCUUACGCUUCAAAUAUCAAUGGUAUCUUGAUCAUCACGGUUUACACUAUUGCUUAAUUUCUGCUGUAUAGUCAGCAGAUUGAACAGUUUUUCUGUAGUGACUGAGCUAAAAAAACGUCAAGACUCAAAAGGUUGUAAAGGUUUGCUUGUCAUGGACACUUGUGCCAAAAUGCUUGGUUCCUUGAGCAUCUGAAAGACAUUGAAAUGCCAAUAACUUCUGAAGCGAUGGUCUUGAGAAUAAAUUAAAAAAAACAGAAAUUACUCGCAAUGACCUACUGUAGAUUUGUCAAGAUCCAGGUGCUUUUUCCUAAUAUGUUAACCUCCAAAAAUAAAAUACUCAGUUAAAUCAUUAGGUAAAUAUUUGUAUGCAAUGUGACGGGCUUUGAGGUUUAGUGAGCAAAUUCCAUAAGGCUUUUUGCUGUAUUAAAUUAAAAUAAACAAUAAAGAUUGCACGAUGUAUAAACUAAACCUCAACAUGAAAGUCUUUAUAAGUAGUUGGAUUCCCUAUUUAGUGCCCCAGGGUUUCAUUAGCAGUAUUUCUAAAUAGAAGUGACAGUUUUGAGUGUAUACAUCAAUCUAACUUUCUCUUCAGAUCAGGAAGGUUAUUCAAUAUAUGUUGUUUUUGCUUUUGGUAAUAUUUAGACUGGGAAGUUGCCAUGUAUAAUCUCAAAAGUAUUCUCUGGAAGACCAUAAUAUUGUAUUAAGAACAUAGCUUUUCUGUUGGAAGAAUGAAAGUCAGCAUCAAAUUUUAAAGGCCCUCUACUUCUGUUUAGCAGGAAAAAUUAAUAUCAAUGGAACUCUUUGUUUCUGUGGAGAGCUAAUUUCAGAUUUAAAUUCUAGCUAUUCAUAUACAAUAAGCUGCUCAGGAGUAAGGUUGUCUUUUAAAAUGCUGACUUCAAUAAGGAGUGAAUGAUUCUAGAAUCUUUGUAUAUUUGAUAGUCUAAUUUUUGUUUAUUACUAAAAGUUAAUGUCCUGCUAUGCAAUCAUUUAUUGCUUUUUUUAAAGAGUUCUUCCUAAUGUAGUUUAAAACAAAGUGAAAAAUUGUGUUACUGUGCAGCUCUGGUCAGAAAAAACUUGUGGAAAUAAACUUUAUAUUUUCUUUCUUAUAGAGGUUUCCAAAAAAUAUUUUUAUGUGUUUUUUUAAAUAUCAGGUAAUACUUUAAGACAUCGUUAUUUUGAUUAGAAGGACCCUUUUAUAUUUUGCUUGCUGUAAAUCUAGCACACAAACUAAUAAAAAAGGAAGUAGAAACAGAGAAAUUAUCUACUGUAGUUUUAACUAGUGUUUGAUGAUAGAUAUGUUCAUACUUAAAGGAGAAAACCAAUGCUGCUUGUUCAAUACAGGAGCAGUAAUUAUUUCAGAGCUUCAUUAGCCAAUGAGAAAGAAAAGUCUAAAGCAUUUUGUUACACCAGAACAAAUUCUGCCUCAGAAAUUGAGUCCUGGAGCAGUUAUAUAUUUUAUUGGUUUGCGUAACUCCUCAUCUUGCCAGUUAUGAUUCUGAGUAGUGAACUUGAGGGGAAAAAAACCUCAGAACCCCAGAAUAAUACAGUAAUAAAAAGGGGAGAGCUUGCACCAAUUUAUUGGGCAUUAUUUUUUACUAAAUUUGCCUUUUUAACAAAAAAAUUAAAUUCCAUCCAUAAGUGAAAUGAAAUAAUAGGCCAGUGGAAGUUUCCCUCAAUCAGGAAGAUGUUGAAAAUAUAUCAUGUUCUUAAUAACCACGUCAAAUUUUUUACAUCCAGAACAAGUCCAUACGGCUUUGAAAGAACUAUUGCUGGUGCACGUUGUACAAGAUACCUAGGCUGCAAAACAAGUAAAAUUGUUAUAUUUUUUUUAAAUCAUCUCAUUCAAUUUAGGUAGGACAAUAUAGCCAACUAAUGCCUAUUUUUCUAACUUUAAAAAAAGGCUUGGUGGAUCACCUUUUUUUGUACGAGUCAUUCUUCUGCAGCAGAUAUAUUUCAUACUGUAAUCAGUUUAAAGCAAAAUUAAAAUCCAUACAUCCAAUCAAAUUAAAAUAGAUACCUUUAAACAGCACAGCGCUUAUUUGGUUUAACAUAUCCAGUGUACUAUAAUCUAGUAAUAUAUAAAAAACAAAUUGAAUUUGCUCCCAUAGCCAUUAGAUAGGGCUAAUCAUAACCGCCUUAUGCCCAACCGCAAUUAUUUUAGCACACCUGUAGUUUUUAUUUUUAACACAAUUCAUACCUCAAUAUUAAAGCCUCUGCUUUACAAAUAAAAAUUCUUCCAUCUAAAGUUUUGUAUUGAAAGAAACAAAACCAUUGGGUUACUAUCUGCAGCUGUUCAUAUUAAAAAUGUACAUGCUUGCUUUUUCUCUUCAACCUCCUUUCAUGUCUUUUAGAUCUAUGGGCAAGAUACCCCUUAAUGCUUACUAUAUAUGCUUUUUUAGUUUGAAAAGAAUACUAUAAAUAAAGUAGCACGUCAACACACUGUUGGGGAGAAGAGGUUAAGGGUUUUUAUUUAAAAUUUGUUUCAAAUUCAUAUCUAAGUAUAUCAAGCAUAGAAUUUAGUGUAUCAAAAUUACAUCUGGGAUACAAAGAUUUUCAAAUGUCUGGGAUACAUUUGGGACAUAAGAUAAUAUUUUGAGAAAAUUGUCCGAUCUCUUAUUUGGAAAUAUUUUAAAUUUUCUGAUGGUUGCUAUACAUUUUGAAUAUAUAUGUAGCUAAGCUAAAAUGUGCAACAAUAUACAGGCAAAUAUCCCUCACAUUUUUUUUAAAACAUCAUGGCAACUAAAUGUUUCAUUACCAUUGUUGGAAAUUUAGCAACAUUACACAUUUUGUUAUGUAUAAUGUUUUA